AUGUCGGGAUACAGCAAGAACCAUGAGUAUGUGUAUGAUGCCGAAGCCACCAGAUCAAAUCAGGUUGCAAGCUAUCCGAGCAUUGCGCAGCCCGCAUUCGCCUCGCAGUACACGGAUGCGCCCGCGCUACUAAGCCAUGGGCCCACGAGCGCAGAGAUGCCCUACAUCCCUAGCUUGGUAUACGAGUCACGCGGUGCAGCAGACCAUCAACCCAAUCCAUCAUUUAUCGAUGCAGGCGCUCGUCAUCCCGCCUCCCUUGCAGAUACUGAAACGGAAAUCACCGAGCAAAUUACACCCGCACAAGGCACUGCUGGAUCAACGGUAACGCUGCACCUCCGAACGAAUUACGAUCUUGAUGCGAAUCAACAUACCUUCAUACUCAUGUUUGGCCGCAAGAAGUGCGUCGCUGCACUCCGGAAAGUGGACUACGACGAUGAUGCACAAUGGUACAACUACGUGCUAAACGUCGAAGUGCCCCCUUUCCCACUGACCAACACCUUCGACCCUACCAUGAUGUUGAAGAUGCAGAUGGAAGACAGAAUGGGCAAUCUACGAUCGCAAACCGACGCUGGAAGAUUCACAUACACCGAUAUGUCGCCAAACCUAGAAUUUCAGUCCUCACCCGAAUUCUCCAGGAAACGAAAAUACUCUCCAGAGUUCGGAAACACUCGAGGCUACUCCGAUGGCAAUGUCACAAAGCGAGCGUUUGCGAAACCACGCGCCUCGUCGGGAGCCUAUUCUGCCGCUCAACUAUCGCCGCUACCGACCCAGUCUGCGCUGGACAACACGUACGCACAGAAUGCUGGGUACGACAUGUCCAAACAGACAAAUUACGGCUCUCAACUCUCCCAAAGGGCUCUUUACGCAGUGCCUUCAGGUACUCGCAUGAGCCAUGGCGACUACAAACUACCCCAGAUGUCGCCGAUGCCGCAUUCUUAUGCUUCCUACAACCCCCUCACUCAUACUAGUCGGAGCAACACCGCGCCCGUUCUUCCCUCACCGCCCGCACUUUCAACACCAGUUCUGGUCCGUGCAACGCAUCUCGCGCAAGGAGACGGUAGUGCUGGUUCGACUCAGCCUUUCAAUCCUUAUGCGAUGGGUCCGAGCAAGGCGAUAUUGGAAAUCGACGGCGAUCUUGAUAAGAUGGGCGAUAACUGGUCGCAGGAGGAGUUGGACGCGAAGAGACGGCUUGUCGAGUUCCAAAGAUCGCAACUCGGCAGCAAGAUAACGACAACUUUUGCGCCCACAACGUUGGAGGCUCGACAGGGGCGUGGUAUCUGCGUCAGCUGUAUCUGGUGGAAAGAAAAGAAUGAGUGCUUCAUCACAAGCGUAGACACCAUUUUCCUACUGGAGCAACUCGUAAACGUCCGGUUUACCGUCGAGGAGAAGAAUCGCAUCCGUCGCAACCUCGAAGGCUUCCGUCCCCUUACGGUCUCCAAGGCGAGGGCGGAUAGCGAACCAUUCUUCAAAGUCAUCAUGGGUUUCCCUAAUCCCAAGCCUCGUAAUAUUGAGAAGGACGUGAAGGUGUUUCCCUGGAAGAUACUGUCGCAUGCUCUCAAGAAAAUCAUCAGCAAAUAUGUACAUCAGUCUGCUAGUUAUGCUUCGACAGCUGGCAUUGGACAUCUCUCCACUGCGACAACUUCGUACGCUCCAAGCGCUGCCCUGCAGGCAACACUGGACGCUCAUCGACGCACAUCACCUCAAACGCUGCCAACGUCGACUGCUUCAACGGCUUAUACAUCCGGCUUAACCUCCUCUAGUCUAUCGCCCCAUCAAAAUGUGGCAGCAGGCUUCGAAGGAUCAGCAGGACAAGGCAUGCCGGCUGCCCAAAGGACACCUUCAGUCCAGGGCAUGACUCUGUGGGGCACUCCUACUCACCAGAUAUCACAAUACCCCUCGCCUCUCUCUCAUGGAGGACGAGGGUCCUGGGACUAUGAAUACCCCAAUACUUCGGCUGCAACGGAGAUGCCGCCAAUCGCGCAUGCGCUGCAAAUGCCACGGCAGAACGGCUUGCCAGACUUCAGCCAAAUGUCAGCAACUCAUGGCUAUCAUCAAUACGGUGAAGAUACAACGAUGGUGUAG